UGUAUUAAGCAUCCUUCCCCUUUCAGGCCCUGGCGCUGCAAGACGGGGGAACUGGCAGCCCUCGAAUGCCGGGUCUUAACCGCCUAUUCAGAAGCGUUAUCUGGCGCGGAAGGACUUUGGAGACCGUCUGGGCUCGGGGUCUGUGGUGAAUGUAGCUCGCGUGCUAGGCCUUACUCGCUGAGCAGGUAGACUGGGAAAAAAGCGGUGUCGGUGGACGAGACCAAGUGCCAGCUUCGAGCAGGGAGUGGUCCAAGGGGAAGGGUUGGAAAGCGUCUGUGUUAGCAAGUAUCACACCAUGCUUUUGCCACGUUUCUAAUUAAAGAUUGACGUUCCUGCAUAAGCAUUUUCCUGUUAAAAUGUCCUUGCCUCUUACAGAGGAGCAGAAGAAAAAGAUUGAGGAGAAUCGACAAAAGGCUCUGGCCCGUAGAGCUGAGAAAUUAGCAGAACAGCACCAGAGUGUAGGCUUGGGCUCCUCCAUUGCUGCCCGUCCUUCUGAGUGCAAGCAGGGGCCUUCGUGCCAUCUCCCCAGAGACUCCUCUAAGCCGGCGAGCCAUCGUGUCAUUUUCAAGCAACAGAAAACCAGUGAUUCAUCUCAUGGUGACCAAAGACCUCACAAUACCCACAGUUUUCAGCUUAGCACUUUUGAGCAGGCAAAGGGGACAUGGAAGAGGCAGGAAGAGAUGCCCGUAGCCUGCCUGCACCACAGCCCACCAAGUCAAACGACUCUCACUGGGCUCUCCCCUCCUUUGGCACAAAGUCCUCCAGAGGUUUCCAACCAGCGGCUCUUGGGCUAUGAGUCAGGUCAAGGUCAUCCUCAGGUUUCACAAGGGACCAAAUCAACACCCUUUGGUAACACAACUCAUGAGCCUUUGGCCAAAGCAAAGAGUUCCCAGGAUACUCCAGCUUCUUCCUCCGGACAGCUUCCCAGGGAUCCUGAAUUAGAGGCCAAGACAGCCAGACCAUCCACCUCAGGGCAGAAUGUUUCUGACGUCCUUUGUGGCCCAGGGAGUAUGAUGCCCAGGAUAGAAGGAAGACUGCAGCAGAACUCGGGGGCCUCACCCCACAAAGCAGGGCACUCCCAAGAGGGAACGUGUGUAAGGGAUGGAGACCGUUUCCAGGUGAAGAUUGGGUACAAUGCGGAGCUCGUUGCUGUGUUCAAGCGUCUGCCCAGCAGAAGAUUUGAUCCUAACACCAAGAUGUGGAACUUCAGCAUGACCGACUACAGUGCCCUGAUGAAAGCAGUCCAGCACCUCCCCACGGUCACCCUGCAGCCUCUGGAGGGGGCCAGCAGCGUGGCUCCCGCCGGCCUGCCUCCGGCUCCCUCGCUCACAUUUGUCACCGGGCGGUGCCUGCUCAUCUCCCGGGCCCGCUUCGAGGUGGACAUCGGCUAUUCACAGGAGCUGAUUGCAGUGUUUAAACAGAUGGAUUCCAGAAAUUAUGAUGUCAAGACCAGGAAGUGGAACUUUCUCUUGGAAGAGCACAACAAACUCAUUGAAAGGGUGCGCUGCCUUCCACAAGUUCAACUGAGUCCUCUGCCCAAGACGCUGACCCUGGCUUUCGCUUCUCAGAUGGAGAAGACGUCUCUUGGUCUCACGGCAGACAUCCCUGAGGCAGACCUCUCCGGAGUGGACCCCAAGCUCGUGUCUAACCUGCUGCCCUUUCAGAGAGCUGGAGUCAAUUUUGCCAUCGCGAAAGGAGGCCGCCUGCUCCUUGCGGAUGACAUGGGCCUGGGGAAGACCAUCCAAGCCAUCUGCAUCGCGGCCUUCUACCGGAAGGAGUGGCCGCUCCUGGUGGUGGUGCCGUCCUCCGUGCGCUUCACCUGGGAGCAGGCCUUCCUCCGGUGGCUGCCGUCUCUGAACCCAGAGCACAUCAAUGUCGUGGUGACCGGCAAGGACCGCCUGACGGCUGGCUUGGUCAACAUUGUCAGUUUUGACCUCCUGACCAAGUUGGAAAAACAGAUCAAGACCCCUUUUAAAGUUGUCAUCAUCGACGAAUCUCACUUCCUCAAAAACAUUAAGACUGCCCGCUGUCGCGCAGCUAUGCCCCUCCUCAAGGUCGCCAAACGCGCGAUCCUGCUGUCGGGCACGCCAGCCAUGUCUCGGCCCGCAGAGCUUUACACGCAGAUCAUCGCUGUCAAGCCCACGUUCUUCCCUCAGUUCCACGCCUUUGGACUUCGCUACUGUGACGCCAAGAAGCACGCCUGGGGGUGGGACUACUCGGGCUCCUCCAGCCUGGGAGAGCUGAAGCUGCUGCUGGAGGAAGCGGUCAUGCUGCGGCGCCUCAAAGCGGACGUCCUUUCCCAGCUCCCAGCCAAGCAGCGCAAGAUGGUGGUGGUGGCCCCGGGCCGGAUCAGCGCCAAGGCCAGAGCGUCCCUGAGUGCCGCGGCCAAGGAAAUGACCACCAAGGACCAAUCUAAGGGACAGCAGAGGGCAGCGCUCAUCCUCUACUUCAACAGGACAGCCGAAGCCAAAGUCCCGUGUGUCAUUGAAUACGUCCUGGACCUUCUGGAAAGCGGACGAGAGAAGUUCCUAGUGUUCGCACACCACAAGGUGGUUCUGGAUGCAGUCACCGCGGCGCUCGAGAAAAAGCGGGUGCAGCACAUCCGCAUUGACGGCUCCACCUCCUCGGCAGACCGAGACACCCUGUGCCAGCAGUUCCAGCUGGCCACGGGGCACGCCGUGGCCGUGCUGUCCAUCACCGCUGCCAACAUGGGCCUCACCUUCUCCUCGGCCGACCUGGUGGUGUUCGCCGAGCUGUUCUGGAACCCAGGGGUGCUGAUGCAGGCCGAGGACCGGGUGCACCGCAUUGGGCAGGCGAGCUCCGUGGGCAUCCACUACCUGGUGGCGAGAGGCACAGCUGACGACUAUCUUUGGCCCCUGAUCCAAGAGAAGAUCAAAGUUCUAGGUGAAGCUGGGGUUUCUGAGGCCAGUUUUUCAGAAAUAACAGAAGCCACCGAUUACAUCUACAAGGACCCAACGCAGCAGAAGAUCUAUGACCUUUUCCAGAAGUCCUUUGAGGAGGACAGAAGUGAUAAGGAGCUCCUGGAGGCAGCAGAGGCCUUCGACCCAGCAAGUGCUUCGGGAGCAUCCGGAAGUGGUCCCCAGGACCUCGGAGACUCGCUGGACGAAAGCGCAUUGGCAGACAGCCCAGUGAAGAAAAGGAGAUUUGAAUUUUUUGAUGACUGGGACAGCUUUACCUCUCCCCUAUAGAGGGGCAAAAAAAGUAUUUAAAAAUCAUGGCAUUCAUUAAAAUAAAGCUGAUGUUUUAUUUUUAAA